UGAUCUAUUUGCCCAUGGGCGAGGUUGAUGGGUUUUAUUUAACAAAUUAUGUGAUUCAGUAGCAUACUGAAAGGGUCCUGGAAACGCCUGCGCUUAUGCAUCUCUGACAGUUGUGUUUCAAUGGGGUGGAGCUAGAGACCAUUGACACGUAAGAAUCCUGCUUUAAUUUUAUGGAAGAGGCUACGUAGGCCUACAUCUUUUUAGUAGCGAAGGAUGGUAUUUUUGAAUAUAGCCAGCUACUAAUAUUUUGUAUUUGUUUUGAUGUACAUAAUUAUCCAACGCGACUAAAUUAGGCUGUAGAAAGGGCCUACAUAUAUAUAGUCAACGUUGAGAAUGAGAUUCUCAAUGUUUAUUUCUCUGCUGAGGCCGAUCGGGCCGGUUAUUAUCGGUAUUUCUUUGGGCUUUACCUUAAGUUUACUUAGUGUGAAUUGGGUGGAGGAAUCUUGUUUCCUCAACGGGAAAGCGAGUGAACAAAUAAGUUUGUCCCAAGAUGGGAAUUCAAAAGGAGCAACGAGACCCAAUUCGAUAUCGACGGUCAAAGAUGUGGACGCCGAGGAAGAUUUUGAGCCAAGAAUAGUGCCAUAUAAACCAGUCCAACAAAGCAAACCAAAUAAACUUUUUCGGGCGAAGUACAUCAGUACAGAGCUGGGGAUCCGGGAGCGCCUCUUCGUCGGGAUCCUGACGUCCAAAAGCACCAUCAACACAUUGGGAGUGGCCGUGAACCGCACCCUCAGCCACCACCUGGACACUGUCGUCUUCUUCACCGGCAUGCGCAACCGCAAAGUGCCCCACGGCAUGUUCGUGGUCACCCAUGGGGACGAAAGGCUCAUAUGGAACAUGUUCCAGACCAUCAAGUACAUCUUGGAGCACUAUGUCCAUGAGUAUGACUGGUUCUAUCUGGCCCAGGACGACACCUACACCGAGGCAGACCGGAUCAAACAGCUGGUGGCUCACCUGAGCAUGGACCGGGAGCUUUACAUGGGCAGCCCCGAGGAGUUUAUAGGUGGGGAGAUGGAGGGGAGGUACUGCUAUGGUGGGUUCGGAUACAUUCUCUCCCGUACCCUGUUGCUCCGGCUCAAACCCUUCCUUGAGAACUGUAGGAAUGACAUCCUGAGCGCCAGGCCUGACGAGUGGCUGGGCAGAUGCAUCAUUGAUUAUGCCAACACCAACUGUGUGGAUGAGCAUGAGGGGCUGCAGUACUACCAUUACGAAAUGGGCAAGAACUCAGAUCCGAGUAAGGAGGACAAUAUGCAGUUUAAAAAUGCCUUGACUGUCCACCCGGUGUCUGACCCUGAGCAGAUGUAUAGACUACACAAGCACUUCACUGAGGUCGAACUCCAGAGGACAUACGAUGAAAUUGAGAAGCUGCAGACGGAGAUAAAGAAUGUGAGUGAAGUGGCUUAUGAUGGCAACCGGAGCGCCCAGUGGCCCAUUGGGAUCAAUCCUCCCUUUGAGCCCAAGUCCCGCUUCGAGGUCCUUCGAUGGGACUACUUCACGGAGGAACAGGUGUAUUCGUGCAUCGACGGCUUCCCCAAGUGUGAACUGCGCGGUAUUGAUCGUUUGGACGUGGCCGACGUCAUCGAGAUAGCCAUGGGGGAGCUGAACAAGAAGUACAAGCCUGUCCUCCACUUGAAGAAGCAGCAGCUGAUCAAUGGCUACCGGCGCUUCGACCCCACUCGGGGCAUGGAGUACACCCUGGACCUACAGCUGGAGGUAGUCAACCAGAAAGGUCACAGUAGCUCCAUCACCAAGAGGGUCCACCUGGUGCGUCCCCUGAGUCGCAUCGAGAUCAUCCCCAUGCCUUAUGUCACAGAGGCCACCAGAGUUCACAUCAUCUUACCGCUGAACGUUCAGGAUCGAGAUUACGUCAACCAUUUUCUUGAAGUGUUGGCCGCAAAUUCGUUUGAGACCAGUGAAAACGCCAUCUUGACUUUCCUGUUCAUCUACGACCCAUUCGAGGCCCAGCAGGUCAACCAGAAUGACAUCUUCGCCAGUGUUAAAACCCAGAUCAAUGCCUACGAACGCAAGUAUCCAACAGUGAAGAUCCCGUGGAUAAGUGUCAAGACCGAAACCCCCUCUCAAAUCAAAUUCAUGGACAUCAUCUCGAAGAAGCACCCAGUAGACACUCUGUUCUUCAUCACUAACGUCAACACCAACGUCAACUCAGAGUUCCUCAACCGUUGCCGCAUGAACUCCAUCAACAACUGGCAGGUGUUCUUCCCAAUCCACUUCCAGGACUACAACCCAGACAUUGCCUUCCAUAACCAGGAGCCCCCACCCGCAGUAGACCUGGUCAAGGACGCCGGACACUUUGACCGCAGUUCGUUCGAGGAGGCGUGCUUCUACAACAUUGACUACAUGGCGACGCGCACACGCAUGGCCUCCGACGUGCAGGAGAACGAGGAGAUCCUGGAGACCUUGGAUAUCUACGAUAUGUUUGUCAGGUACUCAACCCUGCAUGUGUUCAGGGCUGUGGAGCCAGGCUUGCACCAGAAGUACCACUACCAGGCUUGUAACCCUCGGCUCAGUGAGGACAUCUACCACAGGUGUGUCCAGAGCAACCUGGAUGGCCUGGGAGCCCGUUCCCAGCUCGCCAUGCUGUUAUUUGAACAAGAGCAAGGAAAUAGCACUUGAUCACACCUCGCUUAGAAACUUCUCCUUGAAUGUGAGUGUGAAUGGGUGUAUGUGAAUGUGUGUGUGCAUGUUUGCGUGCGUGUGAUUGUGUACAUUCCUUCUUUUUUUUACUGAAUACAAAAAACCAUGCUGGAACCAAAUGGGGUGGUUUUGAACAUUGAAAGUAUUUUAAACCUUUGAUUUGGUGGUCAUGCAGGGAUGCCUAUAUCAAUAUUUUUUAAUAUAUUAGAAAAGUUCUACAUACAUUUUAUGUUGCUCUCAAGGGUAUGGCUUUUUACCUGCACAGCUUUUGAUACUUGGUCCUUUGCAGUUUAGUAAUCCCUACUAAAGCACAUCUCAAUAUGUGUGCCUUUUUAAUGUCUGUCGGUCCUCUUGUAUUUUCAUGUCCCUUGUCACAUCAAGCAAAAUAAGUAGAUUUACAUGUACACAUUUAUCAAUAUUUGAGGCCUCAUAUUUCCACACUACACAAUUCAUAUUUUAAUGUGUAAGCUGGCAUCUGAAAUAUAGAUUCACUCUACUCAAAGAUGAUAAACGGAAGAAAGCUUUAUGGCACUGACGUAAUCAGAUGCACUGUGAGAUUACUGUUAGGUUAAGAGGAUUGGACAUUAUGUGUCGGUACUGUAGGUCCCCGUAGGUGAGGUAGAAAACUACCCCUCUAGGGGUCUCUUUAGGAGGUUGCAGCAUUACACAUUCUUUAAAAAAUCAAAUAAAAAGCAUAUGAUUGUCUGUUAUUUAGAAUAGGAAAUCAUGUCAUCUUUAUCUGUUACAUUUCUAUCUGCAACACUCUAAACAUUUCACCCCUCUGAAUACACAGUUAGAUACUGUAUGUUUCUCUGACCAUAUUGCUGGAGAGUCCUUGAAAAUAACUGAGGCUAACUUUGUGACUGGACUAGUUCACAUAAGUUGCUGGUUUCAGUAUGUACCGCACUAAAAUGUCAUCUCAAUAUAUUAAAGUAGCAAUUUGAAAGCUGUUGCAUUUUAAGAAUGUAGUUAUUGAGGGCAAUCAGGAUUGUGGUUUGUAAUGUAUACGUUGGUAGUCAACGUUGUAACAUGAAUGCUAUUAAAUCGGAAUAUACCUGAAGAUAUACAGUUUACAUACACCUUAGCAUUUCAACUCAGUUUUUCACAAUUCCUGAAAUUUAAUCCUAGUAAAAAUUCCCUGUUUUAGGUCAGUUAGGAUCACCACUUUAUUUUAAGA